AUGGCGUCCAGUGCCGAGAGCUUCACGCCUGUACAUACAGCACCGGGAUGGAAACAGAACGUAAAGGAUCUCGUGGCAGGGGCGGCGGGCGGAGUCGCCCAAGUGGUGAUCGGUAGCAUCCUCUCCGGACCCAUCGAACACAUCCGCAUCCGCCUCCAAACCCAACCCAAACCCCUCUACACCGGUCCCUUACACUGCGCCCUCACCCUCCUCCACCAAGGCGGCCUCCCCGCCCUCUACCGCGGCCAAACCGCCACCCUCCUCCGCGAAGGCCACGGCAUCGGGGUCUGGUUCGCCACCUACGAGGGAUGCCUUUCCCUCGCGGCCAAACAACAAUCCCUGACAAGGGAAACAUUACCUACAUGGGAGAUUGCGGUUUGUGGGGCGCUAGCGGGUGAGAUGUUAUGGUUGUUGAGCCAUCCGUUUGAUGUUGUGAAGAGUAGGAUGCAGAGUGAUGGGUUUGGGCAUGACAGGAGGUGGGGGUCGUUUCGGGGGGCGGUGAGUGGGAUGCUGAGGGAUGGAGGUAUGUGGAGGGGGUUGGGGACGGCGUUGUGUAGGGCGGGGCCGGUUUCGGGGGGGACGUUUGUUGUGUGA